AUGAAGAUAAAAUGUUCAACGUAAUCUCAUUCACAUCGCUCGCACGCCGGCGAUAACGAAGAAAACCAAUGGGCUCUGCAACCGAACACCGUCGUCUUCCCCGCCACAACCACUGCGUAAACAACAUCUCUCAUUUUAUCAAGUCCACCGCCACAAAUAUCUCAUCUAUCUUCAUCCCUAAAACUCCGAAUUUAAUAAACUCCGUUUCUUCUUCACCCAACAUAUUGCUCCCCUUUCCGCUCUCCCUACCAUCUAUAUCGUUAUCUGAUUCUUCUCCGACUGAUCUGGAUUCCUUUUCUUCUUCUACGAGUCCCUCCGCCUCAUCUUCAUCAGCCAGGAGUAUGUCGUCGGAGUCGACCAGCUCAGGGUUUCCAUCGACUGUGAGGAUUUCUAAUUUGAAUUCGACAGGAAAUGGCGGUGGACCGGCGUUUGUAGGUCAGGUUUUUAGUAUGUGUGACCUUUCGGGAACGGGUCUCAUGGCUGUUUCUACCCAGUUUGAUAUCCCCUUUAUCUCCAAAAGAACACCACAAUGGCUUAAAAAGAUGUUUCAAGCAGUUAUAAAGAGUGAAAGAAAUGGCCCUGUUUUCCAAUUCUUUAUCGAUCUAGGAGAUGCAGUUUCAUAUGUCAAACGACUAAGUAUUCCCAGUGGGGUUGUUGGAGCCUGUCGCCUUGAUCUAGCAUAUGAACAUUUUAAGGAAAAACCUCACUUGUUCCAGUUCAUUCCAAAUGAGAGACAGGUCAAGGAAGCAAACAAACUUCUUAAGAACAGACGAAAGAAAAAGAAAUUCGAAGGAGUUCCAGUUUUCACUGCACAAAACUUAGACAUUGCAAUAGCCACAUCUGAUGGAAUUAAGUGGUAUACUCCAUAUUUCUUCAAUAAAAGCAUGCUAGAUGACAUUCUAGAAGAUUCCGUUGACCAACAUUUCCAUUCCUUAAUUCAGACACGACAUUUACAAAGGCGUCGCGAUAUUAUUGAUGACAGUAUGGGCUCAGAUUUGCUUGAAGACAAUACAGACAACGUGUGGGAACCCCCUGAGGUUCAGGAGGUUUUGGAUGAAAUUGGUGCUCCUUCUAUACCAUUAAGUGUUAUUACAAAAGCUGCAGAGAUACAGCUUUUGUAUACAGUGGAUAAAGUGAUUCUUGGAAAUAGGUGGUUGAGAAAAGCCACUGGAAUUCAACCCAAGUUCCCGUAUGUGGUUGACUCAUUUGAGAAAAGGAGUGCAGCUUCUGUUCAAAGGGCAUCCAUGUUACCUCAUGAUGGAAUUCCUGAUUCCGAUUCCGAUUCCGACAACAAACAACUCCAGCUUAAAACAGGAUUCCAUUCCCCCUUUGGAGAUUGGUUCACUAAUCCAUGGUUAAAACCACUUCAGGAUCAUGAUCAUAACCUUUCAGACAAAAGUGUGAAAGAAGAAGCGCACCCGAAUCCUUUUCUUCCAAAAAUCACGAUGGUUGGUGUUGCAACAGGUGAGGCGGGGCCCAUGAGCAAGGCGACUUUGAAAAAAACAAUGGAUGAUUUAACAAAAGAAUUGGAAAACACAGAUGAUGGGAACAAUGGGUUUAGUGAAAGUAAAUAUGAUAAUGAAAGGGACCCGCUUUUUGUGGCGAAUGUGGGUGAUUAUUAUUCGGGUUUGUCGAAAGCUAGUUCGGCUAGAUGGGUCCGCCCUCGAUCCGCCAGAAGCUAAGUUUUUUUUUCAGGGUGUGUUUGGCAAAAUUAGCUGUCAGCUGGAAGCUGUAACUUUUGUUUUUGCAAAAGCAACGUUGAGAUUUUAGGUGUAAAAUUACAUAAAACAUAAAAGUUUAAAAGUUACUAAAAGCUCGUUUUGCCAAACAUGUGAUUAGAGUAGGAAUUGGAUAAUUUGGUAAUUAGUUGAUUUGUAAAUGUAUAUUAUGAUAAUGAUUGUUGUGUUGUAAGAUGGGAUUUCUUAAAUUAUUGGUUAGAUUAAUAA